GUAAACAGCCUGCUGGACCUCUUUACUCUCCUCCUUCACUGUUUCCUGCUUCCUUCUCUAAUAUCACACUCACACACACAAACACACACACACACACUGCAGAGGCUUUUCAACAUGGGGAACUUGGUUGCCAACGAGGGACUCUCCAUCUUUGUUAUUCUGGUAUGGCUGGGGAUCAAUGCGUUCCUGUUUGUCCAUUUCUACAUGCGCUUCCUGGAGCAGAGAUGGUUUUACACCAGAGAGCUGCUCGGGCAAGCUCUGUCGUGGGCCCGAGCUCCGGCCGCCUGCCUCAACUUCAACUGCAUGCUCAUCCUGCUGCCCGUCUGCAGAAACCUGCUGUCCUUCCUCCGCGGCUCCAUCCAGUGCUGCAGCCGCACAGCAGCACGUCAGCUGGAUCGAAACAUCACUUUUCAUAAGCUGGUGGCGUACAUGAUCGCCUUCCACACAGCUGUGCACAUCGUCGCGCACUUGUUUAACUUUGAGUAUUUCAUGGACGCGCAGCUGAAUCGAAACAGCAGCUUCCUGCCCUUCAUCCUGUCCGAAAUCGGCAACGGGGACAACGCCUCCUUCCUGAACCCCAUCAGGACCAACGAGACGGUGAGUUCAGCCUACCGCCAAGUUCACGGUCGGAUGCUUCUUCUCAUGUUGCUCAAAUCUGUGAAGCCCCCUCCACUGAAUUGCCAAAUUUAGUGUCAGUAUGAAAAAAAAAGUAUUACUUCAUCUGGCAAAGUUCCUCUUUGGAAGGUAUUUGUCCUUAGAUACGGUGUCAUUUAGAAAAAACUUCCUCUUUAUAGUAAUUAGUUUCCAAAGCAAUUCUUCAAAAAAAAAGCUGAACUUUUUGUGUAAUAAAACCAUGAAAUAUGAUGCUUCUUGCAGUGCUAGAAGAAUUAUUCAGUUCACUAGCUUAAGUCAAAGUACUAAUACCUCAAAGUGACAACACACUGUUACAACUAAAAGUCCUGUACUGAAAAUGUUACUGAAGAAAAACUAACUAAAUGCAGAAAGAUCACGAAAACAAAACAAACAAAAACAAUUAACUC